GAAAAUUAUUCUGAUGCUCCUAUGACCCCAAAACAGAUUCUGCAGGUCAUCGAGGCGGAAGGACUGAAGGAAAUGAGCGGCACGUCCCCACUGGCCUGCCUCAACGCCAUGCUCCACUCCAACUCCCGGGGAGGCGACGGACUCUUCUACAAGCUGCCCGGGCGCAUCAGCCUCUUCACGCUCAAGAAGGAUGCCCUGCAGUGGUCUCGGAAUCUGUCUGUGCCCGAAGGGGAGGAGCUGGAGGAUACCGCAGACGCCGAAAGUUGCGAGUCCAAUGAAGCAAGCACUGUGAGUGGUGAUAAUGAUGUGUCCCUUGAUGAAACCUCCUCUAAUGCCUCGUGUUCCACGGAAUCGCAGAGCAAGGGACCCGCUGCUGCCAGGGAGAGCUACCGAACCACCUCCCAGACAGCCAAACAGAAGAAGAAGACGGGUGUAAUGCUGCCACGCGUCGUCCUAACACCGCUGAAAGUCAACGGGGCACACAUGGAGUCUGCCUCCGGCUUCACAGGGAGGCACGCGGAUGGGGAGAGCAGCAGCACGUCCAGCAGCAGCAGCAGCUCCCUGGCCCUGUGCAAAGCCACCUUGCGCAGCAGAACAGAAAUAAACAGGGAUCCUCCGCAGCUCCUGAGAGGUAUCCGAAAGCCCACAGCUGGGCAAAUGAAGCGAAACAGGGGUGAGGAUAUUGACUUCGAAACGCCGGGCUCCAUUCUUGUCAACACAAACCUGCGAGCUCUGAUCAACUCCAGAACCUUCAACGCGCUCCCGUCGCACUUCCAGCAGCAGCUUCUCUACCUCCUUCCCGAAGUCGAUAGGCAGGUUGGGGCUGACGGGCUGAUGCGUCUCAGCGGCAGCGCUCUGAAUAACGAGUUCUUCACCCAUGCUGCGCAGAGCUGGAGAGAGCGACUGGCUGAUGGUGAAUUCACCCAUGAGAUGCAAGUUCGAAUUCGGCAGGAGAUGGAAAAGGAAAAGAGAGUGGAGCAGUGGAAAGAGAAGUUCUUUGAGGACUACUAUGGACAAAAGUUGGGCUUGACCCAAGAAGAAUCCCAGGAGCAGAAUUUGGUGCAAGAAGAUGCUGAGAACAGGACAAGACUGUCAGUUAAGGGAGAAGCGAGGCUGCCGCGCGGUCCUGCGACACGGCAGAGAGAUGGGCGCUUCAAGAAACGCUCCCGGGCCGACCUGCGGUGCAGAGCCAGGAGAAGCCUGUACAAAUUGCGUGAACCUGAGCAAACGGAGACUUCCAAAGAGACCGCUUCUGCGGGACCAGAGUCCUCUCUUCAUAAAGAGACCAAGCCUGAGAUAGACCUGAAGAAAGAGGAGCUGACAAGCCCUUCGGCUGCAGCACUGAAGGCAGAGGGUUCAGAAUUGCACCUCUCUCCAGAGACUUCCAAAUUACACAGUAAAUCAGAAGAUCCGUCGUUGGCAGCUGCAAACAGAAUUCCCAGUUUGCCCCAGGAGAACUCCGCUCGGGAGUCCAAGGACCAGAAGAGGAAAUGCUUUGAGGAGACUGCCUCUGCCUCCUUCCCCGAAAAGAAGCCCCGGCUUGAAGAUCGUCAGUCCUUUCGUAACACAAUUGAAAGUGUUCACCCAGAAAAGCCACAGCCUACUAAAGAGGAGCCAAAAGUCCCACCCAUCCGGAUUCAACUUUCACGUAUUAAACCACCCUGGGUGGUUAAGGGUCAGCCCGCUUACCAGAUAUGCCCCCGGAUCAUCCCCAGCACGGAGCCCUCCAGCCCCCGGGGCAGGACCGGUGCCCGGACCCUCGCAGACAUUAAAGCCCGUGCUCUGCAGGCACGAGCCCAGCGAGAAGCUGCUGCUACAGCCGCCAUCGGAGGUGGGGGCGGCCCGGGUGGAGGGAGAAGCGCUGACGAAGGAGGCGGCAGAGGAGAAUCCAGCAGCCGUACCGAGCACAGGAGAUCCAAGAGAACUCACGGAAAGCGUUCGUCAGAUCUACAACGAACACAAUUACUGCCGUCUCUCCAUCUGAACGGAGGAAAGGCUGAGGGGGCUGCUCAGGAGGCUGACCCCAAUUCCUUCCUCUCCUCAAGACAAGACCCCUUUCCUUCAAAGAGCGAGGGAAGCGGUGGUCUGGAACACCCUGUGGGCACUGGCUCCGGGGAGGCUCAGCCUGGUGAUGGGUCACCGCCAAGGCAGCUCUGCGGUGCUGGGACUGGGUCGUCCUUAGACAGUGCAACCUCUGAGAGGCAGGAGGAGAGCCCCGAGCAGCUCCUCUGUGACCCAAGGACCGAAACCCCACCUUGUGUUGCAUCGCAGGAGAGGCAGAGCACAAAGCUGAAACGUGCAGUUCCUCCCGUGAACGGUCUGUCGUGUUCUCAGGCGCAGGGAGCUGCGGUCAGUCUGGCGGGAGAUGGGGUCGUGGCAGACCUCGGAGAUGUUGGUGCUCCCGCCGUGCAGCUGGAUUAUCCUUCUGAUGUAAAGGAAAACUCCUCCAGUUGUCCUCUUCUGCCAGAAUUGUCACCAGGUGGUAAAGAAUGCCGGGAGCCAGAAAUGGUGGCUAGGUUUAGAUUUAAUGGCUCUGAAACAUUUGCGGAAAAAUGCGGCGCUGACAGCGACAACCCCAAAACAGUGACUGCUGGCGGGGAGAAGGCGGCAGUCCCUGCGCACUGUGACUUCCCACGCCUGCAGGCAAGGAAGGAGAGCGAUGGCAGACGAGGGGACGAGGAACGGAAUGCAGAGCCUUUGAAACCCUCUUUACACCAUGACUUUAUUUCUCAGAAUAGGAUAGAUACCUCUGAAAAACUUCUGCAGCCGAGGGAGGGGUGCCCCAGAACAGACCCAGAAAAUGCACGUCAGCCGCUGAGAGAGACUCCAGAGCUCCAGACAAACGGAGAUGAUGAAAUACAGAGUACGCACAGCGAAACGACAGAUACAGCUUCAGACUGUGAAGGUGACGUGGCGGAUGGGAACGCAGAGAUGGAUCUGUGCUUCGGGAGUGCCAGCUGCAGGGAGGGGGCUGGCAGAGACUCCUCCUGUCACAGCAGCACCGAGAGAGGCGAUAGGAUUAGACCAAAACCAUCCGUGGAAGCCGAGAGCCUGGCCUAUGCUGGGGACUUCCCUGCAGUCACAGCGAUGAGCGCUGCACCCCCAGCUCGCCGAUGGGGACCCUGCGCACCACCGCCCCAGAAACCCGAGCGGCCGGCGGGUUCUGCUCGGCCCCUGUCCUCUGUUGAAACCAACAACCCCUUGGUGAUGCGGCUGCUUAAGGGGACCUGCCCCAACCUGCCCCUGGAAGAAGUUCUCCCGGUACCUCAUGCCAGCAUCAAGCUGGAGAUCACGCAGCCGCCUCCGGCCAAGCAGCCCGAAAGCCUCCCCCUGCAGAUGGAGAGAGGUGGCGGUUGCUGUGUCGGUGAAGAAUCUUCUCCAGAUGUAGGAAUAAAGAGGAGUGCCCUGAGCAGGAGCGAUGACUUCCACUCGAUGAGAUCGUCCGUAGAUCCCCAGGAGAAGAAGCACGGGUCAGGGACAGCGUUGCCUAGAGCAGAGGAUGCGGAGGAUCAGUCUGUUCCAGAAAAACAUUCCAAAGUUGGCUCAACUUUAAGCUGCCCAGACCAGCUGGCAAAUGUGUCAGGUGCCUCUCAGAAGCCUGAAGAUGGGGGCCCGCAGGAAAGAACAUUUUCUUCCUGCAGCUUUGAGGAGCAAAAGGAGUUGCCCAAGGUCCAUCGGGUGCCACAGCACAACCCAGCGACAAGUGUCAUCACAGAUAAAAGCCUGGAGAAGCUGAACGCCUCUAUGGAGCCUCGGUUUUUAUCUCCAGCUGUAACUUCUCUCGGUCCAAAUCAGACAGGGGGUACCUCAGUCAAUAAAAAUUAUGUUGGAGUUCAAGGCAAAAAACUCUUUGGUUCUGGUUUUCCUUCCAACCCCAGUGUUCGACUCCAUCACUCCAGGGCUUUGGAUCAAGCUCCAGCCAUGGGAACCUUGUCCCCCAGCAAACAGAUUCCUCUGCACAAGAGCUGCGUGGCAGGAGAAGGAAUGCCAGCUGCAAGGGAAGAGUGGACUUCAAAGCAGCACGCCGACACCCUGGGAGGAAUCAAAAACGAGAACGUGCUGGCGUGUGGCAGCCCAGCCAAGAGUAACGCCGAGAACCGGAGGGAUGCGGCACAAAACCCCGUGGAGCUGACGGAGCGUUUGCAAAGUGUUCCGCUGGUGAUGGACUUGCCAUUUUUCAGGUUUUCAAGGGAAGCAGGAAAAGGACACAAUCACCCUUUGGAGCCUUCUUCCAUCCCCUCCCAGCUCAAUAUCAAGCAAGCGUUUUAUGGGAAGCUUUCUAAGCUGCAGCUUAAUUCCACCAGCUUUAAUUAUUCAUCCAACACUCCAGCUUUUCCCAGAAGUCUUGCUGGAAGCAUGAUGCAGCUAACCCACAAAGCGAACUUUGCUGCAAACCGUAACACGUCCCUUUCCGUGCAGAUGUUCGCUGAUAGCAGCAGCGUUGAUGAGAUCUCGUUCAAGUGCUCGUGCAGCCUGAAAGCCAUGAUCAUGUGUAAGGGCUGCGGGGCGUUCUGCCACGACGACUGUAUAGGACCCUCCAAGCUUUGUGUAUUGUGCCUUGUGGUGAGAUAA